UUUCUCAAAAUGGUUCUGGAAUUGACCAUCAUUCCCAGAAUUGGGUUGUGGCAUGUCCAUGGACAUCAGGACAGCUGCUAUGUCCAAUAUGUAUUAAAUUUUAUUAAAGGCAUUGGUUGGAUCAAUGGAGAGAUCAUGGAGACCCUAUUGUCACAUCUCAACCUGAUUUCCCCUGCUGCUCAGGGAAUGUCAUUCCUGCAUUGA